AUAUGGGAGAUUAUGACAUUGAUCCAGGAUGAACUCACUCUUCCAAUUCAAAUAUGCAAAAUGCCCCUAAUCCAGCGUGUUAACUUUUUAUUGGCAGGCUUUGCAUGCGAUCAGUUACUGUCUGUCUGCACCACUCUGGUUUUAUGCUGGGCAAGUAGCAUCUGUCUUUCUGCAGCCAGCAUAAAGCCAGCAUAAAACUGACAUCAGGUCCUCCGGUUAAUUUGACAGAGAAACAAUGGUGUGACCGCAUCUGAUCUGAAUCAGUUUUGUCCUGCUGUCUAAUCAGCAGCGCAGAGAACUUGCGCUAACGGUGAUGGAAGUCAGGCCUCGGUGAAUGCCCCGGUCCCGCUGCUGUUUCCCGUCCAGGUUUCCUUGCCCAUUCCCAUGUACAUUCACCAGGCACAGGGAAGAGAGCGGGCACCUCUUCCUUCCCACUGUCCCGAAAUGGCAGGGCAAUACUUGAGGCUGUCCUCCUGCUCCCGCAGUUUACUGGACUGCAUCUCCCUUUCUAUUUUUACCAGCCCCGCCGCUAACGUGGCCAUCGCUGCGACACGCCGAGAAAAACCAAGAGGCGCUAAAAUUGCACCAGGGCCGGCCAGCCCCGCUCCGCUGCCAGGGGCGCAGCGCAGGGGACGCGGGCGGUGGCAGAAGCAGCCCCGCACACGCAGCACCGCGGCAGCGAGCACAAGAUGACAUCCCGGCGGGAGGCGCACCGGGCUGCGGCUGCGUCCACCGCUCCGGGUGCCUCUGCCCGUGCCCCCCGCGCUUUAAUGCUGCUCUCCCUCUCCCCCGGCGGGGAAUGCCAAACCUGAGGACGCUGUCAUCUUAAAGAGCGCAGGGGAGGGACCGUGUGGAAGGGAGGCGGAGGUGCCGGCUCCCUGGGAAGAGGCGGGCGCCAGCAGCAGCAUCUCACCGGGAGCCGCCGCACCAAGGCGCGCUCCCGGUCGCCCCACUCGCCGCCCCGGCCUCCAGCGCGCCGCCGUCUCCCCGGCCAGCGAGGGCCCGCCCGGCCCAGGCGCCCCCGCCGCCGUCAGCCGGAGCCGCCGCAGGGCCGGGGGAGGCGAGCGCGGCCUCGCCGCCUCCCGGGCGGCUGGGGGCGGGGGCGGGGGGGGGGGCGCGGCUGCGGCGGGGCGGCCCGGCCCGCCUCCGCGCUCGGCGGCGGCUGCCGCAGGCGGCCCCGGCCCCCCAUCCCCAGGCCCAGGCCGGCGGCGGCAGGGACGGUGCCGGUGCCGGUGCCGCCCCUCGGCCGCGCCCGCCCCCUGGCUGCCUCGGCGGCGCGGCGGCGCGGCAGUGCCGGCGGGGCUAUGGCUGCGGAGGAGGUGCUGCAGGGCGCGGACCAUUACAAGAGCGAGAUCGAGCGGCUGACCCGGGAGCUCUCCGAGACGACCCACGAGAAGAUCCAGGCGGCGGAGUAUGGGCUGGUGGUGCUGGAGGAGAAGCUCACCCUCAAGCAGCAGUACGAUGAGCUGGAGGCGGAGUAUGACGGCCUCAAGCAGGAGCUGGAGCAGCUGAAGGAGGCUUUUGGACAGUCCUUCUCGAUUCACCGCAAAGUGGCUGAAGAUGGUGAAACACGCGAAGAGACUCUCCUCCAGGAGUCUGCAUCAAAAGAAGCUUAUUACCUCGGGAAGAUUUUGGAGAUGCAGAACGAGCUGAAGCAGAGCAGGGCAGUGGUCACCAACGUUCAGGCAGAGAAUGAGAGACUCACUGCUAUUGUCCAAGACUUGAAAGAGAAUAACGAAAUGGUGGAACUACAGAGGAUACGAAUGAAAGAUGAAAUUCGAGAGUACAAGUUUCGAGAGGCGAGGCUCCUACAGGACUACACUGAGCUUGAAGAAGAAAACAUCACUUUACAGAAACUGGUGUCCACGCUGAAACAGAAUCAAGUUGAAUAUGAAGGCUUAAAGCAUGAGAUUAAACGAUUUGAGGAGGAGACAGUGUUGCUUAAUAGUCAGCUAGAAGAUGCCAUCCGGCUGAAGGAGAUUGCUGAGCAUCAGCUGGAGGAAGCUCUGGAAACUUUAAAAAAUGAAAGAGAGCAAAAGAACAAUCUGAGGAAGGAACUCUCCCAGUAUAUCAACCUCAAUGAUAGUAUGUAUAAUAACCAUAUUAAUAUAUCAGUAGAUGGAUUGAAGUUUGCAGAGGACGGGAGCGAGCCCAACAAUGACGACAAAAUGAAUGGACAUAUCCACGGGCCUCUCGUGAAACUCAACGGUGACUACCGAACUCCCACGAGUAGGAAAGGAGAAUCUCUGCACCCUGUCUCUGACCUCUUCAGUGAGCUCAACAUAUCAGAAAUACAGAAACUGAAGCAACAACUCAUGCAGGUGGAGAGGGAGAAGGCCAUUCUCCUGGCCAACCUGCAGGAGUCUCAGACACAGCUGGAGCACACCAAGGGAGCCCUGACCGAGCAACACGAGCGAGUCCACAGGCUCACGGAGCACGUCAACGCCAUGAGGGGACUGCAGAGCAACAAGGAGCUGAAAGCUGAGCUUGACUGUGAGAAGGGCCGAGACACUGGCGAGGAAGCACACGACUAUGAAGUGGACAUCAAUGGCUUGGAGAUCCUAGAAUGUAAAUACAAAGUAGCUGUUACUGAGGUGAUAGACCUUAAAGCAGAAAUCAAAGCCUUAAAGGAGAAAUAUAAUAAAUACGUGGAAAACUACACUGAAGAGAAGGCCAAGUAUGAGAGCAGAAUCCAGACGUAUGAUGAACAGGUGACAAACCUGGAGAAGUCGACCAAGGAAAGCCAGGAAAAAAUGGUCCACAUGGAAAAGGAAUUGCAAAGGAUGACAAGCAUAGCAAAUGAAAACCAUAAUACCCUCAACACCGCCCAGGACGAGCUGGUGACGUUUAGCGAGGAGCUUGCUCAGCUCUACCAUCACGUCUGCCUGUGCAACAACGAGACACCAAACAGGGUCAUGUUGGACUAUUACAGGCAAAGCAGAGUCACCCGCAGCGGGAGCCUGAAAGGACCAGAUGACCCUCGAGGUCUCCUUUCCCCGCGGCUCGCCAGAAGGGGGGUGGCGUCACCCGUAGAAGCCAGGACCCCGACUGAGCAGGUGACGAAAGAGGCCACGGAGCCUGGCAAGGAACAGAGCCCGACGAAAACACCUACCAUUUCUCCUGUCAUCACAGCCCCUCCUUCCUCCCCCGUCUCCGAUACCAGUGACAUCCGCAAAGAGCCGAUGAACAUCUACAACCUCAAUGCCAUAAUAAGGGACCAAAUCAAGCACUUGCAGAAGGCUGUCGAUCGGUCGCUGCAGCUGUCACGCCAGCGUGCUGCAGCUCGGGAGCUGGCACCCAUGAUCGACAAAGACAAGGAGGCCUUAAUGGAAGAGAUACUGAAACUGAAAUCACUCCUGAGUACGAAGCGGGAGCAGAUCGCUACUCUGAGAGCAGUGCUGAAAGCCAACAAGCAGACAGCUGAAGUGGCACUAGCCAAUUUGAAGAAUAAAUACGAAAAUGAAAAAGCAAUGGUGACUGAAACCAUGACCAAACUACGGAAUGAAUUAAAGGCUUUGAAGGAAGAUGCAGCAACCUUCUCAUCCUUGAGAGCAAUGUUUGCAACCAGGUGUGAUGAGUACGUCACACAGCUGGAUGAGAUGCAGAGGCAGCUAGCAGCUGCGGAGGAUGAGAAGAAGACCCUAAACUCUCUGUUGCGCAUGGCUAUCCAGCAAAAACUUGCCCUUACCCAGCGACUGGAGGAUUUAGAGUUCGACCACGAGCAGUCCCGACGCAGCAAAGGCAAGCUUGGAAAGAGCAAGAUCGGCAGCCCUAAAAGCCAUCCCAGGACUUCAGGGACCUACCUCCAGAAAUUAUUAAGAGCCCCCCCUCAUCCCGCCUCCACAGAAUCAUAUCUUCUGAGGGGCCCCCCUUCUAGGAGUGAAUUCAUCCAUGGGCACCGUCUCAGCAAGGAAAAAAGGUUAACCGUGGCCACACCAGAUUGUCAGCAGCCUGCUGCCUCCAUACCGCCACACGGCUCACAACUAGCCAGGGGGCCAGAUUGCCAGACUGUCAGUCCUAAUGCUCUUCCAGAAGAGCAGCCACAUUCCAGCUCUCAGUGUGCCCCUCUCAACUGUCUCUCUAAACCUCCUCCUUACCCCUAAUCUUCACACGCAACGUAAGAGAAAACGCAAACAGAGUGGAGUUCACGCAACAAAGGUUGGGGUUGUUCCCAGCAAGCAGGUGGGCGGUCCUGCCUUGCUGCUGCAUUGACAAGCCUGGAUUCGUAUCCCCUGCUCUGGCGACUGAGGGAAGGUUGAGAAGAAGAACACAAAGCACAGAGCCCAACCUAUCAAGAAGACUUUUUAUGGUUCCUCUGAUUGUAUUCAAACUUUGCUAUCACAACUAAAGUGUAGUGAAAUUUAACAUCUCGACAAAAAUGUUCCUCCCAGCUGCUUGGCUUUACCUCUGAAAUAAUGAGAGACUUAAGCCAAUAUUAAAAAAAGUAUGUUACAAAAAUCCUACCCUCACAUCCUCUAAGUUCAGCCAUAGGAACCAGUUCAAAUUUCCUUUUGUCAUUAAGGGUGUGAUAUUUAUUUCUUACUUUAUUUGCACCAGAAUUUUGUGUUUAUAAAAUACGGUCUUUUUUUUUCUUUUGAGAGUUGUAUUUAAUUGAUUUUAUUUUUUAAAAACAAGCAGAAAUAGCUUACGUGAAGAAUGACCAUGUUAAUAUUAAAAAAAAGCUUGUUGCAUUGGUCAGCAUAUGGCCAAUUUUUAUUGCACAAAAAUGUUGGAAAUGGGUUGAAUUGGAAUGUUAACAAUGACUGUAUAUUUUGCUGCUGCACUGAUAUUGUUUAUGCACUUGGGUUUUUUUAAUUCCUAUUACACUAGCUUCUGGUUUUGUUCUAGCUCUUCACUGAAAGAUAAUUAUUAAGCCUAAGAAGGAGAUGAAAGGAUGAUGUAUUGAUUUGUUUUCAGUUGUUUGCUUGCGUUGUAAUUAUAUUUUUGCGUUUCAGACAAGUAGAUGAAUUGGUGCUGUUUUUUGGGGUUACUUUCUAUUUGGUACCUGAGAAAGAAAAUCUAAACCAAGUAAAAUGUUGUGUGCUAAUUAAAAACAUUCUCUCCUCCCGCUCCCAUAUUCAGGAUACUAGUUCGAGGCCUUACUGUGAAAGGCUAGUGUGAAUGGCGGAGUCGUAUGCAUUUCGAGUGAAGUAUUCUGUGGUGAAAGAACUCAUGCAGGUAGGGUUAAUGGUGUGGAUCAAAGUUAGUAGGACUUUACUGUAGUGCAUUUUUUCCUUGCCAAAAAUCAACAGACACAGAACCUUAGCUCAUGUCAGUUUAUGACAAAUACUCAGGUGAUCUACGCUACGCAGACUCUAUCGCAACAGUGCACGGUGUUCCUAGUUAAAGAUUCUUUCCUGCAAAAGCUGAGUACGUCUGGGGUUUUUUUCUUAAAAAGUAGUGAGUCUCAGAACAGAAUCAAGGAUAGAGGAAUUUAUUUUGCACAGUACCUGACAGCAAGGCAAGCGGCUAAGUAGGGGGUCGUGGUUCAGCAUCGAUGGGCAUCCUGUCUGGUCAUCAGCGCGAAAAAAAGUCUGCAGUACUGCCUGCCUGCCUACUUGCUGGUAACUAGCAGACUCCUUGCUUUGUCAGGUGGCCUUAAUUUUAUUUACAGAGGAAAGGCUUAGAUAUUUCCACAUGUCCUUAUUCCUUCUCUGCAGCAUAUGUGUGACCGAGAAGCGGGAAACAGAGAACAGCCUAAGGUACAGAGCAGCUGGGGGAAAAAGAUUGCUGCAGGGGUGGUUGGAAUAAUUCUUUCAUUUUCUGCCUGACUCUGAGAAAAUGAAGUCAGUCUUCUGUUAGUGCUUACCAAAUGUUCCGACACACAAAACAUCAGCAGAGGAAAGAAUCGGUGACCACUCAGUGUGCCUAACAAAUCAUUAUUACCAUAGUACCAGUAAUGAAGGUGCUGUAAAUAGAAAUACUCUAUGUCAUCAACAACGUAUGUCAUGUAACCUUGGCAAAGCAGCUGAGCUAUUGUAACAAAACAUUCAGAGUCAGAGGUGGAGAAAAUAGGAACAAACUGAUAUCCAAUUCUGAUCAGAUCAAACAGACAACACUCGGCAGUGUUUCGACUUCGGUUUCCAUGUGGUUCGUGUGAUUCUUCUCGUAUACAUUUACAUCGCUAUUCAGUAUCAUACUUAACCUACGUGUUGUCUUCUCAUAGAAAACUCAAGUGAAACCUUGUUCAGCUCUAUCAUAAUGUCUGACACUGAGAUGGGCUGCUAUUUUGAUUUUUAUUUUUAGAAAAAACCAACAUUUUGUCUGAGGCAAAUGCCACCUUCAAAAAGCGUCUCGGAAUUCCUGACCAGACUGGUGUAUGAAUAUUGUGCAGUGGCCACGUUUGCGUCCAACAAAGACGGCUACUGUAUAUUGUGAACAAGACAAAGAAUUUGCAUUGCACUUUGAAUACAGUUACUGCAGGCUGCACUUGGAAUAGUUUUUCCUAUUUUCAUAUCCAAAUCAAACGCAUUUUCCCUGGAUUUAAGUUAGAUUAAGCAGAAAUUCAGUGAAAUAAAUUUCCUUUCUAUACAGAUACAAAUUUAUUGGAAAAAAUGUUGUAUCGGAACAGUUGUUUAGGAAUGUGUUUGUUUCCAGUUGUGAUUUGCAGAGCAGCUUUGGGAAAUUGAAACAUCGUACUGGUACGUCCACGUGGAUUAAGAGUUACGAAACAGCAUCCAAUGGUAUAGAAACUGUGGCCCCGUUUUAUAGAAAUAAAUGGGUUUAUUAAAUUUUUUAUUCUCUUAAGCUUUAAAUUCUUCAUUUCUAAGUUUUCAAUUUACAUUUUUAAUAUGUAAUAAAACUUAAGUGUCGGAAACGUAAGAGAACUAGAAACAAACCAACUUAAAUGUAUAAAUGGCUGUAGUUAUUGCACUGUAAGUUAUAAAACUGUGUAGGUUCCUGGGACAACUUUUGUCAGUUAACCAGUACAAAAUAAAAUAUAUAUCUUGAACUUGAGAUGAUAAACUCUUCUUUAUUACAUAGUGAUUGAUAACAUACUACUUUGUGAGAGAUUUUGUAGGAAAUAUUUACAUGCAGACAAAACCAGAAACAAAAGCCUGAUUUUUUAAUGGAUGCAAAAUAUUAUGUCUUGCCCAUUUAAAAUUAAAUUAUGGUGUGUUGAUACCUAUUCUGAUUUUUAAAGAUUAAGAAAAAAACUAUACAUAAAUUUGUAACUAAUGGUUGAGUAUACUCAGAAAUGUUGAAAUGUGCCCUAUACAGUAAGGAAGCGAUUCAAAUCCUGCUCUGACUUUUGUAUCUGAAAUGCAGCUUUUGUUCUCUGUGAUGGCCUUGAAAUUUCUUUGGAUUUGGAAUAGCCUAUUCAGUUCUGGGGCAUUUUGGUUUGGGUUUUAUUUUCUGAUGUAGUGAAAAAAUAUUCCUUGUUCAGUGAAAUGAUCUACUUCUGGAAAUCCAGUUUAUAGGAAAUAUGUGGAAAGAAAAGAAAUGAUUUCAA